UGAGGAGGAAGCUGCACUCCAUACUGCUCUGGAGAAAGAUGUAUCACACAUGGCCAUGAACGACAAGGACAACCUUCAUGAAGAAACACAGGUAAUGAAUUUUCUGGAAGCAUUUCCUGAGUUGAAAAGGAAGCUUGAGGAGCACAUCGAGAAGCUCCACAGCCUGGCUGACCACAUGGAUGAGGAGCACAAGAACUUUACCAUCGCCAAUGUGGUGACUGAUUCCACCAGUGCUACCUCUGGAAUCCUGGGCCUCCUGGGUCUAGUUCUGGCACCCUUCACAGUGGGGAGCAGUCUGGUGCUCUCAUUAGCUGGAUUAGGGCUGGGUGCAGUAACUACUGCAACUGAUUUUACCUCUAUGGUGGUGGAAGAAACAAGAAGGAGGUCAGAUGAAGAUGAAGCCAGGCGCCUGGUUUCAACUGCCAGAGACAUAACGAAGGAGGUUUCAGUGUUUCUGUUUAGGGUUUCAGGAAAGGCUCAUAGAACAUCCAAAGACAUCAUCAAAACACUGAAACAACUUGGGCAGCAUGUUCGUGCUAUCAAGGCAGCCAGAAUGAUUGCGACUGGAAGAGUCCCUGCCCAACAAGCUGGUCAGAUACGGCGUGCCUUUGAAGGCACUGCUGUGUCAAUGACCAGAGGAGCCCGGGUCAGAGGCGCAGUGUUUGGAGCUGCCUUCCUAGCACUGGAUGUUUAUAGCAUUGUAAAAAGCUCAAUGCAUUUGUGUGAGGGAGCAAAGUCAGGGUUGGCUGAAGUGCUGAGGCAGGUGGCUCAGGAGCUUAAUGACAAGUUGGAGGAACUCGUUGAAUUCCACAAGACUGUGUGCUCAGACUCGCCUCAGUGACUACCCCCCUCCAGCUUUGCAGUGGUCAGGACAGUUAACCUGUACAGAGGUGGGGGACAGUAGGGGCAUUUCAUUAGAGGAGGAAAGAGAGUGAGCUCAAGUCCAUGAAACAGAUCACUGAGGAGUUUGCGUUUUGUGGCUGAGCACAAGGUUAAUACAGAUAGUGGGUCAAAGAGAAGAUACAACUGCAGUCUGAAAUAAGGGAUGAGGGAAACUAGAGUGUAUAGGGAAUGGGACUAAAAGCACAUUGGGUGGAAACAGAGAGGGCUGUGCAGGUCAAGAGUGAGGAGCUCAGGAAAACUAAAGAGCUGAAGACAGGAGAAAGAUGGACUUAGCUCUGAACAUAGAGAAGACGCCACCAGCCCCUCCUCACAGGACGACUCCCC